CGCUCUAUAUAAUGAAAAUGAGUAUCGAUACACUGAUAAUGAACACAGCGCUCUGUAUAAUGAUACUGAGUAUCUAUACACUGAUAAUGAACACAGCGCUCUGUAUAAUGAUACUGAGUAUCUAUACAAUGAUAAUGAACACAGCGCUCUAUAUAAUGAUAAUGAGUAUUUAUACACUGAUAAUGAACACAGCACUCUAUAUAAUGAGUAUCUAUACACUGAUAAUGAACACGCCGCUCUGUAUAAUGAUACUGAGUAUCUAUACACUGAUAAUGAACACAGCGCUCUAUAUAAUGAUAAUGAGUAUCGAUACACUGAUAAUGAACACAGCGCUCUGUAUAAUGAUACUAAGUAUCUAUACACUGAUAAUGAACACAGCGCUCUGUAUAAUAAUACUAAAUAUCUAUACACUGAUAAUGAACACAGCGCUCUAUAUAAUGAUAAUGAGUAUCUAUACACUGAUAAUGAACACAGCGCUCUGUAUAAUAAUACUGAGUAUCUAUACACUGAUAAUGAACACAGCGCUCUAUAUAAUGAUUCUGAGUAUCUAUACACUGAUAAUGAACACAGCACUCUAUAUAAUGAUACUGAGAAUCUAUACACUGAUAAUGAACACAGCGCUCUGUAUAAUGAUACUGAGUAUCUAUACACUGAUAAUGAACACAGCGCUCUAUAUAAUGAUACUGAGUAUCUAUACACUGAUAAUGAACACAGUGCUCUGUAUAAUGAUACUGAGUAUCUAAACACUGAUAAUGAACACAUCGCUCUGUAG